UCCCUGUUCGGCUACCUUCUUUAGCCACGUGAUCAUACGUCACUAACAUUUGUCUGUUCGUUAGCAGUGCAGCUGAAAACAGUCGCUUCUUUUUUUAAACUUAUUUACUUGAAAAAUCGAAAAGCAUGGAGAUUGGGACAGAGAUAAGCAAGAAAAUAAGAGCUGCUAUCAAGGGAAAGCUUCAGGAGCUCGGUGCAUAUAUUGAUGAAGAGCUUCCCGACUAUAUUAUGGUGAUGGUAGCAAACAAGAAAACCUCCCAACAGAUGGCGGACGAUCUCUCCCUUUUCCUUGGAAACAACACUAGCAAAUUCACAGCAUGGUUACAGGGUGUCCUUGAGAAGUUAAGAACGGUUGCAGUCGAGCCUGCAUCCCUCAGUGGACAUCAGCUCCAGUCUGACAGUGGUCCUGUUGCUGGGAAGAGCCGCUCAUCUCUAAGUGAGGACAGCAGAGCAGAGGAGUUGAAGGUGCUGACAGUGUCCAGCUCACGCUCUGAUAGGACUGAAGCACGCGUCUCCAGUUCCGCUCAUGAAAGCAGGAGAGCUAGCUUGGAGAAGAGUUCCUCUCGACUUACCUCUACCGUUAAGCCCCUCAUGGAGCCACUCCCCUUAGAGGCCGUUAUUGACAUCAAACCAGAGAUGGACGAUGACCUCAUCGCUGAGGAUCUUGUAGAAAUAGGCACCAACCAUGGUCGAACACGCGCAGCUAGUAGACCCACAGCUGAAAUCUACAGACCGGGUCAGAGCAAGUUUACAUUAGCAAGCUCUGCAGACAUGUGUCGACCCUCCGAAGGAUCCUCUCACUCAAGGCAGCAGGACAGCAGAAGCAGCAGAACCUCCAGAACCGGAUCCAGUAAGCAGGAGGAGCUGUCCCGGAAGCGUAAGGCGCCGGUAGCGAGUUCAGUGGUGCGAGUGAACCGAGCAGCAGAUGAGGACAGCGAUGAUGUGGAAGAGGAAGAUACAGGCUAUGGAGGCAGAGGCCUGUCCAGUAGAGUGUCCCUACCCUCCAAACCAGAACGCAAACCUACUCUCCCUCCAGCCAAGCAAGCCAACAGGAAUCUGAUACUGAAGGCCAUCUCCGAGGCCCAGGACUCAAUCACCAAAACUACAGCCUACCCCACAAUACCACAGAGGCAGACUGUUCCCGUGGCACCUCGUACUCGUGUGGCCAGCAGUGAAGAGAUGACUGCAGCCAUCCAGCUGGUCCAGGAGCAUCUCCACAGCCUGGCCCCCAGGGUUCAGGCCUACACCUCUGCAGAGCUACCUCCUUCCAGAACACCUGCCCCAGCGAGAUCUUUAGCUUCACGCCUCCAGUUGGACUUAGCAGAGAGCAGUGAAAGAGGAGAGCAGAAGGACUAUGGUGUCGAGGUCACUGCAGGCAUUGAGGCAAAGCCAUUUGAUACCCGCUCCUUCAUAAUGAGUCCACUGCAGCUGGGAGAACCUACAGCCAGAAGCCAGCAGCAUCCUCAGGUCAAAGGGGGAGUCCAGUCUGCUUUACCACGCACUGUCCAGGCUAGUAAGGAGAAGGGUGACUCUGUCAGUCCCAAGUUCAUAGUGACAUUAGAUGGGGUGCCGAGCCCGCUGGGAAAUCUUGCCGAUUGUGAAAUGGAGCUGGAGGAUGUGAGACCGCCCACAAGGGUCACCGAGGCGACCGUCCAUGGCAACAGGGAGCCCAAAGUCAGCGUCCUUCACAGACUACAGGGAAGACUCACAUUACCAGAAGAUGAUGUGAUGGAUGUUGAGAUGGCGGAAGAGGAUGCCGGCCCUUUAAAGAAACAGAAGGUGAUGGAGCGCUGCAAGUUCUGGCCAGUCUGUAAAAGUGGAGAUGAUUGUAUGUACCAUCACCCUACAACACAGUGCAAGACUUUUCCCACUUGCAAGUUUGGGGAUAAAUGCCUUUUCGUGCAUCCCAAUUGUAAAUACGAUGCCAGGUGCACCAAGCCAGACUGUCCCUUCACUCAUGUCAGCCGAAGAAGCAUAGCUACUCCUCCGCCCAGGCCAGCAGUGCAGCCAGUCCAAACCACUAGUGUGUGCCGCUUCUUUCCAGAGUGCAAGAAGAUGGACUGUGCGUUUUAUCAUCCCAAGCCCUGUCGCUUCGCGGCACAGUGUAAACGAGCUGGGUGUACCUUCUACCACCCGACCACAUCUGUGCCUCCGAGACAUGCCCUGAAGUGGACGAAAACACAGACCAGCUCAUAAAGUCCAGGAACAGGAGUCUGCUGAUGGUUAACAUGUGAAACUAUGGAAGAUGUUCUGUAUCUGUCUGCAGAUUUUCAUUCUUCUUUUCAGUAUUUAACUGUUGUUUCAUUUCAUUUUAAUGUAUUGUUUGGACUGAUUUUUAAGAGUUUUGUAUGGAAACAAAAAAAAGGUUUUGCUCAUGCUCUCUGAAUAUUAAAAUGCUCCACAAUGAACAUUAAA